AUGGCGGGUAACGAACACGGAGAUGUAAAAAACUUGGACCUGGGACCAGAAUUCAAAAACUGCAAAUGCCUAAACCUGUGUGAGUUGCAACUCAUCUUGGGAGACCAGCUGCGGUUGACGUCGAAGCGGAACGAGGAGGCUCAAACGCUAAUCAAAUCCUCGUUCGACUACGCCAACAAAUUUGCAACAAUCAAAAACAGGAGUUCCAUAGUAGAUGUUCGUACCAAUCUGGAACGCAUAGGAGAACUGCACGAAUACGAAAUAGCUAUGUUGGUGAACCUACUACCCAAGACCGCACAGGAAGCUAGGUACUUUAUUCCGUCCCUGAUUCGACUGAGCGAUGAGACAUUGAAUUCUAUUUUGGAGCACCUCAUCAGUUAUAAGAUGUACGUUUCAUGA